UGCUCGGGAGAGGGAGGGUUCAGGCUGAUGAAUAACUGUGUUGACGUUACAUUUUCCUGUUUCACAGCUAGCCCUGUAAUGUAUUCAUAACUCACUCACACAGCGGGAGAGUCACCUGCUCUGCUGUCACCGAGGACUGAAGGGUGACUGAACAGCUUCACCUAAAAGAAGCAGCUACAAUGACCUCCUCAGGUAUGUUACCAGAGAAACAGUUCCAGUGCUCCAUCUGCCAGCAAGUGUUCACUGACCCGGUCACCACUCCCUGUGGACACAACUUCUGCCAGGCCUGCAUCCAGAGUGUGUGGGACAGCAGCGAGGUCUGCCAGUGCCCCACCUGUAACAAAUCAUUCACCCCCCGUCCUGAAAUCGGCAUCAACACAGCCUUCAAAGAGCUGGCGGACACGUUUAGAAACAUUGUCAUUUGUUCGUCAGCGUCACCACUGUGCACGACCAAACCAGGCGAGGUGGCGUGUGAUGUCUGCGCGGCGACAUCCCUGCAGGUGAAGGCCCUGAAGUCCUGCCUGGUGUGUCUGACCUCGUACUGUAAAGCCCACCUGGAGCCUCACCAGAGAGUCGCCACCUUGAAGAUCCACAAGCUGAUCGAGCCGGUGAGGAACCUGCAGGAGAGGAUGUGCAAGAAGCACGAGAGGCUGCUGGAGAUGUUCUGCAGGGACGAACAGAAAUGUGUGUGCCAGUUCUGCACCGAGACCACGCACAAAGACCACCAGGCUGUUACAAUAGAGGACGAGAGUCAGGAGAGGAAGGUCCAAAUCCAGCAGACUGAGGCAGAUUUUCAGCAGAUGAUUCAGGAGCGACUGAAGAAAGUGGAGGAGAUCAAAAACUGUCUGAAGCUCAGCAACGCAAGUGCGGAGAAGGAGAUGAAGGAGAGCGACCGUCUUCUCACGUCUCUGAUUCGCUCGAUUGAGGAGAGACACACUGAAGUCCACACAGAGAUCAAGGAGAAGCAGAAAGCAGCGGAGAGGAGGUCAGAGGAGCUCGUCGAGGAGCUGCAGCAGGAAAUCACUGAACUGCAGAGGAGGAAUGCUGAGCUGGAGGAGCUGAGGGACACUGACGACCAUCUGCACAUCUUACAGAAGUCGCCCUCUCUGAUGUCACCUCCACACACCAGAGAGUGGUCAGAGAUCAGCAUCCACCCUGAACUGUGCGUGGGGGCGGUGAGAAGAGCGCUGUCUAAGCUGGAUGACACCUUGAAGAAUGAACUGGACAGCCUGAAGAAAGAAGAGAUAAAGAGGAUGCAGAAAUAUGCAGUUGACGUGGUUCUAGACCCGGACACUGCCCAUCCAAACAUUGUCCUGUCAAGUGACGGAAAGCAGGCGGGCCGCGCUGAGCUGCUACACAUUGUGCCAGAUAUCCCUCAACGCUUUGACCCCGUCAUUUGUGUUCUAGGCAAGAAGGGCUACAUGUCUGGGAGGUUCUACUUCCAGGUGGUAGUAGCAGCAAAGACCUUCUGGGACCUGGGCGUGGUCAAAGAGUCUGUCAACAGGAAAGGGAUGAUCACCUCCAAGCCAGAGAACGGCUUCUGGACGGUGCGGCUGAGGAACGGCACAGAGUAUCGCGCUUUGGAUUCCCCCUCAGUCCAUCUUCCCCUCAAGGACAAGCCGCAGAUUGUGGGAGUGUUUACGGAUUACGAGGAGGGGAUUGUGUCGUUCUUUGAUGUGGAGACCAGGUCUCAUAUCUACUCUUUCACUGGGUGCUUGUUCUCUGAGAGGAUCUUCCCCUUCUUCAGCCCGGGUGUUUAUGAUGAAGGGAAGAACGUAGCGGCAUUGGUUAUCACAGCUGUUAAUCCUGAGACGUAGACUUGAAGAUGAACCUUUGACUGUAUUCUGAAGUUGCAAGAGAGAUUUUGACUCACAGAACUGAUUAGUAAUGAGUAAAGUCUUGUUUGUUUGUUUUUUUAGUAUCUGGGUUUCUAGUGCAGUUCUCAAAGAUUGUAACACCCCACAUCCUCUAUACAAGGCAUCAUGGCCUUGAACCUACUAGCCAUAAUCGGAAAUGUUUCAAAGUUGCUAUUGACUAUAGAAGUUCAUUUGAACUAGGGUAAUAUUUUCUUUGCACUUCCUGGAAAAAGAAUCAAAGACUGGACUAACCAACCAUGACGACCAUGACAAUAUAGAAGCUACUAUGGUUCAGCAAUGAGUGAAUCUACGUUAUAUAUAGAACUGUGCGCAGGAAAGCUGACUAAAGCUGACUGAAAGCACAGAAAGUGCUUAUGUACAAAAAUAUCCUGAUUUAUCCCUUUAUAGAUCACAAUCAACUCGAAAUUUGGCGCAGGUGAGCGAGCAUCGUGCCCCAUCUAUAGGUAGUGAUGGCCAAAUGAGGCCUGAUGAACCACUGUCUUUAUUUUCUGAAGCCACUAGAUGGCGCUGUCUGUUCUACAAAGGUUUGAAAGCACACUUGUGGUUCAUGAGGCUUCAGUUGGCCAUCACUAUCUAUAGGUGUGUAUAAAUGGCUGCUGAAACACCCUGAAUUAACAUUUAUUAUUAAGACACCACGCAAAGACAAGCAUGGAAAACACUGCAAGAAAAGGUAAAAAACAAAACUUCAAACAAUGUGAAGUUGACUGAAAACCGAGGGAUGUUUCAAGUUGACUGUCAGACAGUUUCAGUGACUGUCUGAAAUAAACACUCUAAAUGAGGGAUGCAGUUACCAUAGUACUGUUUGACAAACAAUCUGAUUUUCGUGACUCAAAUGAUUUCUGAAAAUAUCGGCACUGGCUCAUAAGCCACUCAUCAUCGUUGGCCAGUAGGUCAGCGCCAAAUAAGCCAUUGUGCAUCUUUACACACUGCGAUCGCUGCUUUUUAUACCCAUCCAUCAACUGAUGGAUUGCAUGUGAAACCAAAUUCCCUGAUUGUAAAUGAGGGGCAAUUUUGGCCAACGAACACAGGGGAUAAAUAUUAGUAAGGUUGACUAAACAUGUUAUUUGUUUACACUUUUUCUAACAGUGACACAGUGCUUUACAAUGGCAUACUAGUGAUGGCCAAAUGAAGUCUCAUGAACCACUUUCUGUAUUUUCUGACCCCACCAGAUGGCGCUCUUGGUUCAAAAAUAAAGGCUGAAGGACUGGCAAUGAAGUGUGCUUUCAAACCUUUGUUGAACACACAGUGCCAUCUAGUGGCUUCAGAAAAUAAAGACAGUGGUUCAUGAGGCCUCAUUUGGCCAUCACUAUGGCAUACAACACAUUUAGCACACAGUGAUUAAAAAGAAUUUAAAGCCAUAAAACAAACUGAUAGUAAUAUGUGUAAUUUUAAUAUGUUAUACAGGGUUAUUUGUAUCAUUAUGCAUUGUCCCAAGGCCUCAGGGGAGUUGAGGGGGUUUACAUAACAGCCCAAUACGGAUGUAUUUUUCAGGAGAUUGGAUUGAUCUCAAAUGAAACUAAAGCAACUGGAAGUAAAAAACAAAACACAAAUGUAAUUUGAACUGCUAGUGAGUAUUUUGUUUUUUGAGGGCCUAAUUUAAGGACACCUUUGGGUACCUUUGUGCCAAAAUUAAAUGAAUCAUCAAACCCAUGUAAAUGAUACCUGACAUGUUUACAGUUGUCUUGUGGACUUUACAUGCUUAGCAUAGCAUUGUUUGUGUAAUGGAAGCUUGAAACUGAAUUUAGACACAUUGUAUUAUCAUUCAAGAGGUGCUGAUUUACUUUAUGCAGAGCUGGUAACAACUUCAACCUUAAUGAUCAAAAUGUUUUGAGAUUAAAGCCUUGACUGGCAUGUUUGAAUCUUGUGAUUUUUUUCAAAUAAAAUGCAAAACCUUUUGCAUCAGUCCCAACAGA